AAGCAUAGUGUGCUAAUUUUAGUGGAAAAGAAGUGGUUUCUAUUGAGAUAAUAAGUUGAACUUAAACCUGUAAGGGCAAACUCUGGGGCGAUGUCGCGUGGGGUCCGCCAUUAAAAGUGUGGCGGAAGCACUCGGCUUGAUUCGGCAGUUUUCCGAACCGCAGCGCUUAACGUCGAUGUGUGCCACACUCAAUAUGUCCGCCAGGAAGGGCCACAUUUUCUCAGUAGGAAUGCGGUAGGCGGGGCUGCUAGGCUAGUGUCAAACUUUGGGAAUGACAGGAGUGCUGCAGGAUUUGCAAAGAAGGGGAAGUGUCGCUCUUGUUAGUCCUGUUUGGAUUACUUUGACUAAUUUUUACGCCCGCUUUUUGGAUUCACCACCUUUCUACACACAGAGAGUCCUGCCCCAGCGGAUCCCUCAGCCAUGUCGGAGGACCUGAGCUCCCAACCCUGGUCCAUCAACAAAGAUGAUUACGAGCUACACGAGGUGAUUGGGAGUGGGGCCACAGCUGUGGUUCAAGCAGCCUACUGUGUACCACGCAAGGAGAAGGUGGCCAUUAAACGCAUCAACCUGGAGAAGUGCCAGACCAGCAUGGACGAACUCCUGAAAGAGAUUCAGGCCAUGAGUCAGUGCCACCACCCCAACAUUGUGUCUUACUACACCUCCUUUGUGGUAAAGGAUGAGCUGUGGCUGGUUAUGAAGCUGCUCAGCGGCGGCUCAGUGCUGGAUGUGAUCAAGCAUAUCAUCUCACGAGGGGAGCACAAGACCGGCGUCCUGGAUGAGGCCAGCAUAGCCACAGUGUUGAGAGAUGUUCUUGAGGGCCUGGAGUACCUACACAAGAACGGACAGAUCCACAGAGAUCUUAAGGCUGGAAACAUCCUCCUCGGGGAUGAUGGUUCAGUGCAGAUUGCAGACUUUGGCGUCAGUGCCUUUCUAGCCACGGGAGGUGACAUCACUCGAAAUAAAGUGCGCAAGACUUUCGUGGGAACGCCGUGCUGGAUGGCCCCAGAGGUCAUGGAGCAGGUGAGGGGUUAUGAUUUCAAAGCAGAUAUUUGGAGUUUUGGGAUCACGGCCAUUGAGCUCGCUACAGGAGCUGCACCUUAUCACAAAUACCCACCGAUGAAGGUCUUAAUGCUGACGCUGCAGAAUGACCCUCCAAGUCUGGAGACCGGCGUCACAGAUAAGGAGACGGUAAAGAAAUACGGUAAAUCCUUCAGGAAGAUGAUCUCACUGUGUCUACAGAAAGACCCUGAGAAAAGGCCAACAUCAUCAGAGUUGUUGAAGCAUAAAUUCUUUCAGAAGGCAAAGACACACGAGUAUUUACACGAGAAGUUGCUUCAGAGGGCGCCGACAAUAACGGAGAGGUCAAAAAGGGUACGUCGAGUGCCAGGCUCCAGCGGUCGGCUGCAUAAAACAGAGGACGGCGAAUGGGAGUGGAGCGACGACGAGCUCGAUGAAGAGAGCGAAGAAGGCAAAGCAGCUGCUGCAGCCAUACGGUCGCCAAGAGUGAAGGAGGGAUCACAGAAUUCAGAGGUUUUCCAGACUCCUGAGCCUUUAAGUAGUCAUCUCCAGCCUCCAGCCGCAGGUCUGGCUGAACUACCUCAGGCUGCAGGUCAAGUUCCGCUGCAGCCCACACCAGCCACCGCUCAAUCUACUGCCCAGGCUGCAUCUCCCACACCAGGAGUACCUGCUGCUGCUGUUCCCCCUCAGAUUUCAGCCGCCUCAGGGGAUGUUCAGGCUCCCAUUAGUUUGGUAUUAAGGUUAAGAAAUUCAAAGAAGGAGCUAAAUGACAUCCGCUUUGAGUUCAUGCCAGGGAGAGACACAGCAGAUGGUGUGUCUCAGGAGCUGGUGUCAGCAGGCCUGGUGGACGGGAGGGACUUAGUAAUAGUUGCUGCAAAUUUGCAGAAAAUAGUUGAUGAACCUCAAACCCAUAAAAAUGUCACUUUCAAACUGGCUUCUGGAAUUGAGGGAUCUGAAAUACCAGACGACAUCAAGUUGAUGGGCUUUGCUCAGCUCAGCAUUAGUUAGACAGAUGUUCUACCUGGGACCGUGACUUGCCUAAAAAAUGUGAAAUUUAAAAAAAAAAAAAUAGUUUGAAUGCAUUUUUUUUUUCUUUCCAUGGCUGUAAAGAAACCACUACUGCCAAAGAGAACAGUACCAUUAUUUUCUUUUCCUUUUUCUUUUCUUUUUUGUUUUUUUUUGUCACGUAUAGGAUUAUAAAAUGCCACCUUGUUGAAUUUUAGGUGGUCAGCUGAAGUAUCAGAACGUACAGUAUGAGAAUCACUCGAAAAAGUUUACAGUGUACAUGUAGAAGGAUGCAAUUAUCCACAAGAAAUGUUUUCAUUUCCCAUCCCGGUCUCCCUCAUCCUGCUUCUUUUUCCCCCCUUUCCUCUCUCUAAUGUGACGCAUUUGCACAAUCUGAACUAACACCCUUGAACCCUGACAAGUGUAACAAUGCCUUAUAUAUUCAUCAGAACUACUGAAUGCACAUUUUUUGGGGGGGACAUCCCCGGUUACCGUAUGGAGCAUUACAUUGUCUGAAAUGCACAAGUGUGCUUUCAGGUGCAGAUGCCAAACUUUUUGCUGCAGCUUCACACGCCAAAUAGAAAUAAAAUGUUUCACAUACUCGUGUUUUGACGUUGCAAAACAAACGUGAGGCCAAAUUACUUCCUACAGAAAGAGAUGGACGCAUCUUAGUGUCUCGCAGUCUUUGCAUUUAAAGGUUUUUCAUAUUCUUUAUAUUUUCCUAUCAUCAACAAAUCCCAUGAAAGACCAGUUACUUCCUGAAACAUCUGAGCAGCAGCUUUUUUAAACAAAGUAAAUGAUACACGUCUGUGGGGACUAUUCAGCACUUAACUGAUAGACAUUAGCGCUCUGUGUAGCAUGUGUGCAUUGAUUUAAAUUAAAUACCAGAAGCAAAGUAUGCGUAAAACUUUGGAUGUGCAGAUUAUUAUUAUUGUUAUUAUUAUUAUUAUUUGUAUGAUCACGUCUUGGGUUAUGUUAUGGGAUUUAAUGACAAUUAAUGACCCAAUAAAUAAAUAAAAUUUAAUGCCCUUCUUUAAAAAAAAAAAAAGAAAAAGAAAAAAAAAAGCAUCAGUGCUUUUCAAAACUCCAAAUCGGCCUUCGUGUUGUGAUUGAUUGAAAUACGUGUAAAGUAAAAAGUUUUGCAGCAGCUGAAGCCACAUGUGCUGUCUGAGCAGAUGUGUCCGUCUGUUGGUGUUAGUUUGUCUGUUUGGAAUUGGUUUUCGCAAAUUCUUAAAAAGAAAGAAGAAAAAAAAGACUUAAGUGCGUAUUUGUUUAUGUGAAAGGAUUCUAAGUACUUGAUUUAACCUUUAGUUUGUAAAUAAUGACAUUUGGCUCUGAUUUAUUUUUGUUUUUUUAUAUUGGGUGUUUCACUCUUGGCCUUCUUUCUCUUAAGACACGAUUGGGGGUUGUUUGGCUGCGUGAAGGAUGACGACGACGCUGCACAUCAGGCUUUGAGUUUGCUCGUUUCUUUGCAGGACGUAUUGUUGCUUAAUCUGUCACGUGUGAUCAUUUGCGCAUCAACAGUUUUCAGCUUUUAACUUUUUCGCCUUUUGAAAAUGUUGAAUAUAUUUUCCCGUGGCGCUGUCCCGAUGCAACAUUUUCCCCCCUAAAAAAAAAAAAAAAAAAAAAAAAAAAGAUUUUUCGCUGGGUAUCAGAAAAAGUGUCUCUAACUCUUAGUAAGCACCAAGUGUGGGAGCUGUUUACAGUAGCUAGUCCUUUUAACACGCAUCUGAAGUAAUACAGCUGCUUUGCCAUCGUUUCUGAAAGUGGCUUUAAUGAAGAUUUCUUUCCGUCAGUUUUGAAGAUCUGAGCCGUGAUUGUAAACGUGUUGAAUGAUCAGAACUGUUCGACCGCGCUCUGGAUAAUUUUGUGCACUUGUGUCCACCGAUGACGUGGCUCGAUGAUGAAUGUGCAUAUCACAGUUAUUUGGCACCGACGGCUGCAGAAGGUUCAUUUACCGCUCUGCUCUUAUGUGUGGAUCUGAAACGCCAGCGAGGUUUUAGUGUUUCAUUUGAUGAUGUGACAACUUCGUAACCAGAUGCCAUAGUGAACCAGUCUGAAUGCAUUAGUUUUUCUUUGCUUGCAGAUGAAAUGUUACAAGGAAAUAUUUGAACAUGUUUAUAGUCAAAUACAGUUUUACGCUAGCCUUAAAUUGAAAAUGACCAAGUGUAUUUUUUUUUCCUGUGUGUGCGUGUGUGAAGUUUUUCUCUUUGGUUUUGAGUCAGACUUUCGCUGUCCUUGAAAUGUACUUCCUGUUACUUGUGAAGCUACCUUAAAUAAAGAUGUACAGGCGUGUCGACCCAGGCUUCUCCCCUUGGAAGGGAAGCGACAAAGUCAGCCACGCAAUGUUGUGCAUACGUUUUCAAACUGCAGUAUUUGGUGCCAUUCUCCCGUUAUAGUCUGCAGACUGCAGACAGGAUUGGUCUGUAUGAGCCCUGAGAGAAGAGUAGGAGUGUGUGUGUGUGUGUGUGUGUGUGUGUGUGUGUUACAUAGAUUGAGCUCUGCUUUCAGCAGAGUUGAAGAUCUAAUAGCUUUGUUCUCAUCCUUUCUCCAACAGUCCCACUUAAACGCAGUCUAACUAUAAACUGUAGCAACUGAACAGAUGACCGGUUAAAAAACUAAAACGACCCAAAAUACACUUUUGUCCAGGCAAUAACUAAUCAAGGCUGUAAUAUAUUUGAAGUUUGCACCUGUUUUCAGUUUAGUUUCUUUCCAUUCUUUCAUUUCCUCUGAUUUUAAUUGUUUUGGAGUUCAAAGCAUGUUUCUCUUGAUUAUUUUUAAUCAAUAAAGAAUGAGCAUAUCAGCCUCCUGUUA